AUGGCUCAGAGAGGAUCUAACCUGACUUCAGACAACAUUUCUUGUCCCAUCUGUCUGGAUCUGCUGAAGGUUCCGGUGACUACUUCCUGUGGACACAGCUACUGUCUGGAGUGUAUUAAAGGCCACUGGGAUGCAGAGAACGGUAAGAGACUCUACAGCUGCCCUCAGUGCAGGAAGACCUUCAGACGGAGGCCUGUCCUGGAGAAAAACGUCCUGCUGGCAGAGUUAGUGGAGGAGCUGAAGAAGACUGGACUCCAAGCUGCUGCUGCUGAUCACUGCUAUGCUGGAGCUGAAGAUGUGGCCUGUGAUGUCUGCACUGGGAGGAAGAGGAAGGCUGUCAAGUCCUGUCUGGUCUGUCUGGCUUCUUACUGUGAGCAACACCUUCAGCCUCACUAUGAUUCACCUCCAUUGUCCUGCCCUGGAGCAACCUCCUGGGAAGCCUUCCAGAAGAAAGCAUGGCUCCAGCUGAUGUCAUGUCUGCUGCUCCCCGACUCCGUGAAGGUCCUGAGUGUCAAUGAGGUCCCAGUCAACUAG